AACAAAAGCUUGAAACAGAAGGACUGGUACCUUGCUAGUAAAAUGCAGUGUUUAUGAAACAAAAAUCCAUAUCAUCUUAAGAUAACCUUACCAUGUAUAGCUCAAUGUUGGAUAACUCUGUCGGGUUCUUUGAUGAUCUAAAAAUGGUAUACUUGAGACUGUAUGGGUUGGACACUACAGAAACCAGUGUGAGCUCCAUGUAGGUAAUCAGACCAUUACAGUUUAGAAAGUUUGCAGGUAGAAGCGCUAUUAAACUAAAAGUCACUUUCCUGUGAACCACAUGUGGACCAAUGAGAAUGCGGUUCACGGUGAGGAAGAUUCUGUUGGUCUUUUCCCUCAUAAUUUUUGUUGCCUUAGCAUUACACCUUGGCCAGCAAAUGCUAGCAUGUCAGCAAAUUCUUGAUGAAGCCUUCAUGAAGCGUGCUGUUAUGAAACCAGAAAAUGAAGAACUAGUUAUGACAGACUCAAAAAAUGUUGAGUACAGGUACAGCAAGGACAUGCCCUUAAUAUUUAUUGGUGGAGUACCACGGAGUGGUACAACAUUAAUGAGAGCUAUGCUAGAUGCCCAUCCAGAUGUACGUUGUGGAGAAGAAACCCGUAUUAUUCCACGGAUUUUAGCAAUGCGGCAGGCUUGGUCGAAGUCUGGCAGUGAAAAAAUGCGACUUGAUGAAGCUGGUGUGACUGACCUUGUGAUGGAUGCUGCAGUACAGGCUUUUAUACUGGAAAUAAUAGCAAAACAUGGGGAGCCCGCAAAAUUGCUAUGUAACAAGGACCCUUUUACAUUGAAAUCUUCCGUUUACCUUUCAAAACUGUUUCCAAGCUCCAAGUUUCUUUUAAUGAUACGAGACGGGCGUGCCUCUGUACAUUCCAUGAUCACAAGAAAAAUUACUAUAGCUGGAUUUGAUUUAAACAGCUAUAGAGAUUGUCUGACCAAGUGGAACAAAGCAAUAGAGAUUAUGUAUGCACAGUGUCUAGAAAUCGGGCAACGAAAGUGCCUUCCAGUUUACUAUGAACAGCUGGUUCUGCACCCUAAACAAACCAUGCAUGAUAUUAUUGAUUUCCUUGGCAUUUCAUGGAGUGAAGCAGUCCUGCAUCAUGAGGAACUAAUUGGAAAACCUGGUGGCGUAUCCCUUUCAAAAACAGAGAAAUCAACUGACCAAGUAAUGAAGCCUGUGAAUCUAGAGGCUUUGUCAAAAUGGGUCGGAAAGCUUCCUGUGGACAUAGUAGAAGACAUGCCUCGCAUUGCACCCAUGCUUGCUAGACUUGGGUACGAUCCUUUUGCAAACCCCCCCAGAUAUGGCAGUCCAGAUGCUAUGGUGGUCAACAAUACACACAGAAUCAUGAAGGGAGAUUUUAAAACGCCUAACAGUCUGAAAGGAUAUGUUCAGAUAAAUCAGAAUAACUCUUCCCACUGGUGACUUUUAAUUCAGAAAGAAGAAAAUCCUUGCAGUUGUCAAAGGAAACAAGAUAUCCAAGCAUAUUGCUUGCCAAACGUUGCCAAACUGUGACUGUCCAGAGCGAAUGUAUUUGCACUUGUUUGUAUGCUGGAAUCUUUCAAAUCUGCCAGUAAAUGCUGACCUCUGAUUCAUUUGAACUUACUGUGGAAAAGAUAUUGUCAGUUCAUCUUUUUACUUAUUAAGCUCAGAUUGUGACCAAGUAUUUUAUAACAAAUUACAAGCAUUUUGUAUUCGGUAUUGAAUGAUCUUGCCCCUAAGCAAAUUUAAUAAAAUAUUUAAUGCUUAUUCACCCUUCUGGAAUUCUCUAUCAAAGAGCUUGGUCAAAAAGCUAUAUGUUUAAUGUAACUUUUGCAUCUUCUACGGAAGCAAAAUAAAUACUUUCUUUUGCUUCCGUAAAAGAUGCAAAAGUUACAGAAUGCAGUCAAAGGGCUUUAAAAAUAAUGUCCACUUUAAGAUUCAUACAUUUUCAUUGUGUAUGCAUCAAUGUGAUUCAGAACAGUGGAUCAAAGAGUGACUUAUUCAUUUUUACAAAACUGAUAAACACUAGCAUUUAUACAUGAUCACCAAAGGAAAUUCUAACUGGUUUCCCCACAGAAUAAACUUUUUAACUUAAUGACAGACAUCCGCUGACUGCUUACUGUAUGUUUCGCCUGUUUUGGAGCCGAACAUGUAAACUCUCAUUGUGCAUUUUCCUUAAUGAGCAAUGCUCAGUGAAAGCUAUUUUUAAAGACUGCAUUGUACGAAUUUUGAAUGAUAUUGAUGUUCACUGGAACUUAAAGCUGCUCCUUUGAUUAUAGGCUGUAACAUUUUACAGAACAUUACCCUAAUUUUACAAUGUGACCAAACUGAUGAACUGAUUUGGUAGGAAAGGCAAUAACUAGCAAGUUUUUUGUUAGAUUUCUCUACAUGCUGUUUACAAAGAGUAUUCUGGCUUUUGUAACAGUCCAUUGGAUUUGUCCUUAAUAUAGAUAUCUAAAUUUAGGUUUGCUCUGUAAACCCUCUGCCUUGAAAGUGUUAAACCUGAUUUAUAUUUUUGUCAUUUGCAAAUUUUUAUUUAAAAUUUUAAUAUAUGAUCCAUCCAUUAUGCUGUUUUCUUCUACUUCAUAUCUUUUAAACAUUCUAAUAAAGUGCCAUCCUGGGCAUGAAUCUCUCUUCAUAAA